UAGUUGAACGUGUUGUGCUAACACACACUCACACACAGUCUGUAUGCGGUUUAGUGUACACUCACUGCACACUCCCAUUGCAUAACAUAUUUUUUCGUACAAAUAACUAAAAAGUUAUUUUACAGUAUGUGUUGAUGUGUAGUUGGAUGUGUGUGGUGUUUUUAUAAUUAGCUAAAUCACCAUCAUCAUAUUAUUUAUAAUUGUUAUUAGCGUAAUAGUAGUUAUUACAAUUGAAUCUAUUUAACCAAUAUGAAAGAGUUUAUCAUCAGUUCGCUGGGCCUGAGCGAUGUGGCCAAAAUGGAUAAGCGCCAGAUCCUAUACCAGGUGCUCAACUUCGGUAUGAUUGUGUCCACAGCGCUAAUGAUAUGGAAGGGACUAAUAGUGAUGACCAAUAGCGAGUCGCCGAUCGUUGUGGUGCUCAGUGGUAGUAUGGAGCCGGCGUUCUACCGUGGUGAUCUACUGUUUCUCACCAAUCACCGGGAUGAGCCCAUACGGGUGGGCGAUAUCGUGGUGUUCAAGAUCGAGGGCCGCGACAUACCUAUCGUCCAUCGGGUACUCAAUUUGCACGAGAAGGAAGACGGUUCCAUCAAGGUACUGACCAAGGGCGAUAAUAACCGAGACCACGACCGGGGUCUGUACGCGCCCGGCCAGCUGUGGCUCCAGCACAAGGACAUUAUCGGCAGAGCCAAAGGAUAUGUGCCAUACGUUGGUUACGUCACUAUCGUUAUGAAUGAUUACCCGAAGCUUAAGGUAAGUUUAGAUGAG